AUGGUUGCCAUUCAGCCUUCCAGCGAAGAGUCGCCGGGUCUGCACCGGGGGCUAGACCUCCGCCAUGUUGCCUCCAUUGUCGCUAGGGCUGGCAUCACCGAUGAGAAGCCCAGCAGCACGGUCGGCUCCUCCACCCUGGCUAUUGCCCUCGGCGUCUCGCUCCCCUGUGCGGUCGCCGUCGUCGUCCUCUUCUAUCUGCAUCGGAGGAAUGUCAAGAGGCAGAGGUUGGAAGAUUCGGCCGAUCUGCACCGCGACCUCGACUUCGGAAUCGACGAGUCGGCCAUACCCGUUGGCAAGAAGAACAAGACACGUCCCAACAUGCUCAUCAACGGCGAGAAGCCCACCCACAAGACCAGCCAGCUCUCCAUGGACAUGAACCUCGAAUCGCCCUACCUCCUGCCCCCCAACGUCCAGGGCUCCCACGACUCGGUCCACACCCUGACCCGAGGCCACGAGUACGACCCCUACCGCAUCGUCAACAGCGAGAGCGGCUCCAUCCGAUCCUUCAACAGGGACCCCUCCAUCUUUGGCGGCUCCAGCAAGCGUGCCUCGGUCAUGACCGGCCGGUCAGGCCCGCGCGGCCGCCAGGGCUCUUUCCCCAGGCCUCCUCCCUCCAACAACGGCGACGUGUCUCCCUACCCCAACGAGAAGAACGACAGGAGGGAUCCCUUUGCCACACCUCCGCCCAGCAUGCCUGCCCCCGCCUACCAAGCCUCUGGCACUCCCGAGCUUGAAUCGUCUCCUGCGAAGUCUGUGAUUCCCGAGCUCGGCGCCAUCUCCUACCCCGACGAGGCCCCCGCCUAUGCCGGUGCCAAUAUGCCGUACGUCCAGGAGCCUCCCGCCGCCAUGCCCAAGAGCCCCGUCGACAGGGUGCCCAGCGCUCCUCCCCAGGUCAACCUUCCCGAGAUGGACCAGGGCAGCAUCGGUGUCGCCCAGGCCGGAGAUGGGCCCCGGGACAGGGCCCCUAGCGGACUGGGCCUUGGCCUGGACCUGCCGCACUCGGCACCUGACAUGGACGACCUGACCUUCUCCCACGGCAACCACGGCCAGCCCCUGCCCGGUCAGGCCGUGUCGGACAACCACUCGUCCAAGGAUGGCGGCCAGGCCUUCGCUUCGCCUCAGGUCCACGCGAGCGAGCACUACGACGGGCCAAACUUUGGCGCCGCUGCGGAAGAGCCCGCUGCCCGUCAGACCGAGGGUCUCGGUGUCCCUCAGAAGGACAACAGGAGGAUCUCGGUCGGCUUGAGGCCGCUGCCCCCCAGCGACGUGACGGACUCCGAGGACCCCGAGUACAGGGCCAACCGUAUCCGUUCCUUUUACAAGGAGUAUUUCGAGGACACCACCGCCCAGGCCCCUCCCAUGCCCAGCGUGCCGUCCGAGUACGCUGCCGGCGGCGCCCAGUACUACGAGGACUACGACCAGCAGUACCUCGGCGACGCCACCUACUUCGACCCAGACAGCAACGCCUUCGUCAUGCCCGGCGCCCAGCCGGUCCACCGCCGUGCCAUGACGCCUCCCCCCACCAACCGCCGCGGACCCCCCGGACCUGGACCCCGCGGACCCGGACCUCGUGGCCCCGGCGGACCCGGCGGUCCUCACGGACCCCACGGCUCGAUGAGCGGCAUGCGCCCCCGCGCGGGUUCCUCGUUUGGCGGCCGCGCUGCGUCGUCCCUCGGACCUCGUCCGGACUCGUCGGCGUCCGCCAGGCCCGGCCGUGCCGCUCCCAAGAAGAUGAUGCCGCCUCCGGCUCCGCUCAGCACUCUGCCGACGCCGUCCAAGCUCGGCGAUGACUCGUUUGCCAUCUUCAACGCCACCGACUUUGCUCCUCCCGAGUCGUUUGGUAACAGGGCUGGCGGACGUUCCCAGAGCCCUAUGGGUGAGAGGCGACCGUACUCUCCCUCGGUGCCGGCCGCAUCUCCCCUCGUUACGACCUAUGACGAACUUAAUGCCCUUCCCAGCCCUCACAUGAUGCGCAAGUCAUCAACCUUUACCGGACUCGACUUCCUCCCUCCCAAGAAGUUCGGGAACGCCGACAACGCCAGCGACGCGGGCAGCAUCAGGAGCAACAGGAGUGCCAUAUCGGCAGCUGCCCAGAGCGCCGUUCGCAAUGGAGCCGGACGCGUCAGCCGUCUUCCGGGCGACGCCGUCUUCACUCCUCAGGCCAUGUCGGCAGAGUUGAAGCCUCAAUGGGGCAUGAGGAUGGGACAGUAG